UGUGUGGUUGUGUUGAAUCGGAGCUCUCAGUGCCAUCACAUCUCCUCUCACUGUUCUCUGAAGAAGCUCCAGAGCUCUGGGAUUAGUGUGGAACGGAAGCCACAGAGUAGAAACCACUUUUAAUCAAUAAGAGCACGUCUUUUUAGUGCGCAAUAUGUACACAUACCUUAAUGGAGCUUAAAUCGGAAGAUGGAGUUUACAAGGAUGAACACAUCAACUAAAUGUGACAAUGCAGAUGAAGGAUGGCACAUGGUGAUUGCCCCUCGUUCAGCUGAGAAAAGCUCAGAUCAGCAGGACCAUCUGGACGGGGAGUUCUGCGGAAGCCUUCCAAGGGCACAUUUUUUGCCCCCUGACUGUUUUCGAACGGCUGCAGAAAGAGGCGCAUUCUCUCCUGACAGCCAUGACCUCUACUUCAAGGGUGAAUGGCUGCCGGAUCAGUGCUCAUGGGACAGUUCUGCAAGUGUGGCUCACUCAUGUAGUCCACACCCACUCGCACAGCCAGGCUUUUACAGUCCCAAAAUCACCCGAUCGAGACAUUGUGAUCCUUCAGCAGAGUUUUCCAUGACCAAUAACACAAAGGAAUACUCUGCUCAUACUCUGCCUUUACCUCACACCAAAUUAGCUGUUUUCAAGCAAAGUGCACUGUCCUCCAGGCCACAAGGAAUCAAGACCUCAGUGGUGGAGAAGCCUCGACUGAUGAGGGCUGCAAUUUCUCCAACAUUUCCAGAUGCAAACCCAAUAAAUCCACUCCAGCAACAGCCAUAUGACCAAGGAUUUCAGCAUGUUAAGGACCAAGAAGUCCAGACUCGUUGUUUCUCCAGCAUGCAAAAGUGUUCACUGAACUUAACCAGCACAGAGAUCUCAAAGAAUAAGGAACAUCUUUGGAAUCAUUGUGACCAAGCUCAGUCUACAAAAAAACAGAGUUUCUUCAGUGUAAAGAAAUGGGCUCGAGAUCCACAUGUGUUCAACAACAGCUUUACACUUUCACAAAGUCCUUCUUCACCAGACCAUCGGAAUUUACAAAGAGAUAGCAAGCUUACUGGCUACUGUAAACUCAGCGUGUACAAUGGCACCAGUUACACUUCUAAUAGUCCCCAGGAUAUUUCUAUCUGUGCCUCAUCCAGCCAAUCACAUGGCAGAUGCAUUCAAAACAACAGCCAACUGAACAACAAACAGGACUCAACUAAUGCAGGAAAUUAUUCAGUCACCAACAGUAAUAAAAGGCAGGUAGACACAAAGUCAAAAAAUGUGUUUGGCCAGCCUCGAGUGAUUGCUACACUCCGCUCAGGCUGUACCUCACAACCUGCUCACAAGACCACUGUAGUGGAAGACUUGAAAAAGCUCAUUCUGAUGGAUGAAGGAACUGACUCGCCAAAACAAACAAAGAGAAGUUCUACUGAGUGUCAUCAAGGUUCACCUUCACCAAAGCCCUUAAUAUUCUCCAGCCCUGUCUUCACCAGACGCCCUGUUCCCACACCAAACCAACUCUUUCUGCAGUCUGACACCAACGUGUGCCAACCACGAUGUGGUCUCUCAGACACACUAGUGUCGGACCAGGAUGCACGGUUUGAUCAGGAUCCCCUGCAUCUGACAAACACAGCCUGCACGCUUGACUGGAACAGACUGGUGAACGCAGCUGAGGCUUAUGAAACACAGGGGGUGGCUGAUCUCCUGUCUGGUGAGUCCCGUGACAUGCAGCCAGGUAGGAGUUCUGAACCACACAGUCCACACCUUCCUCAUGCUCUCAGUGAAGCUCCAGAAGGCAAUGUUCUCAUUAACUUUCGUGACCCACUCUCUCACCUGGAGACCAUGCUGAUGAGGCUCAGCACUGAUCUGCUGAAGGAGAAGAAGGACAAGGUGGCUUUGCUGGCAGAAGUGUUAAAACUUCGCAUGAGCAACGAGCACCUGAAAGAGGAGUCGCUAUCUGCUAACGUACAGCUGCACAAAAUCUGCCAGAUGUUCGGCAUAAACCCAGAAUCAGUGGAGUAGAAGAACCCAGAAGCAACACCAUGAGGCCUCUUUGUGUUAAAACUCCAAAUGGCUUAAAAUUUAAUUGCCAGUAAAUAAAAAUAUCAUGACAACAUACAAAUGUUAUACAAUUUCACAAAACUUUUUUUUUAAACUCUUAAAUUAAAACUAUGAUGAAACAUCCAGACACACAAUAAUUCUGUAACAUAACUAAACAUAAUAAUAAAAUGUAAGUCUCAAUAAAUAAAUCAACAAACAUCUGUUUCUAAAAUGUUUCUAUUCAAUUAUGCAUAUACUUUAUGCAUAUGAUUUUAAAAUCACUGAUACUCUGUGAACUAUAUUGUGUAUUUAAAAUGUUUUUUAUUUGACUGCUGCUUUUUUUUUUUUUUGGUUGUUUUUUAUAUCUGCAGUUUAAUGUAAUUGGUAAAUAUGUAAGCAACCCAACCUAAAACUAAACCUACCCAAAUUACGCUGCUUUAAAAACACUGUAACUCUAAAAUGCAUCUAUCCAACAAUAGUUGAUAGGUAACUUAAGAAUUAUGUUGGGAAAUAAACAAAAUAUGAAAAAUA